UCGCAACUAGCAGCCGACGCGCUUGCACAAAAAAAAAGAAGAGGAAAAAUAAUUUCUUCACUUUUUGCUGGAAGUAUUGUUGCAAAAAGUGUAAGGGCAUAUGCAAUUGCUGUAAACGCAUUUAAAGUGUUAUUUCAAGUUUUGCAUUGUUAAGCAGAACGUUUACUUGCGGCCCAAGAUCGCUUAAACUGAAAACUUUUGCCGACUUUGCGCACACGCUUUUACCGCCGCCGCUUUGUUGUUUUGGCGCCUGAAUUUUGCGACGCGCACAAAAAUUUGCGUGAAAAUAUAAUUUAGCUGCGUGUGUCAAAAUGGUGGAUCGCAGCGAUAAUGCAGCGGAAUCCUUUGACGAUGCCGUCGAGGAACGUGUGAUCAACGAAGAAUACAAGAUAUGGAAGAAGAACACUCCAUUUCUAUAUGAUUUGGUCAUGACCCACGCUCUGGAGUGGCCCUCGCUGACGGCCCAAUGGCUGCCGGAUGUGACCAAACAGGAUGGCAAGGAUUACUCUGUGCAUCGCCUCAUUUUGGGCACACACACUUCGGAUGAGCAGAACCAUUUACUUAUUGCCAGCGUCCAGCUGCCCAGUGAGGAUGCUCAAUUUGAUGGCUCCCACUAUGACAAUGAGAAGGGAGAGUUUGGUGGCUUUGGUUCAGUGUGCGGGAAAAUUGAAAUUGAAAUCAAAAUCAAUCACGAAGGUGAAGUGAACCGGGCACGCUACAUGCCCCAAAAUGCUUGCGUCAUUGCAACGAAAACUCCAUCGAGUGAUGUUCUCGUAUUUGACUACACAAAGCAUCCAAGCAAACCUGAACCAUCCGGCGAAUGCCAGCCUGACCUACGUUUGCGUGGACAUCAAAAGGAAGGCUACGGUCUCUCCUGGAAUCCCAAUUUGAAUGGCUAUUUGCUCUCGGCCUCUGAUGAUCAUACUAUCUGCUUGUGGGACAUCAAUGCCACACCCAAGGAACAUCGCGUCAUUGAUGCGAAAAAUAUAUUUACUGGGCAUACGGCCGUCGUUGAGGAUGUCGCUUGGCAUUUGCUGCACGAAUCACUUUUUGGCUCGGUGGCCGAUGAUCAAAAACUCAUGAUUUGGGAUACGCGUAACAACAACACAUCGAAGCCAUCGCACACUGUGGAUGCGCAUACGGCUGAGGUGAAUUGUUUAAGCUUUAAUCCGUACUCCGAGUUCAUAUUGGCCACCGGCUCGGCGGACAAGACGGUUGCGUUGUGGGAUUUGCGUAAUCUGAAGCUGAAACUACAUUCCUUCGAGUCGCACAAGGAUGAGAUCUUCCAGGUGCAAUGGUCCCCUCACAAUGAGACCAUUUUGGCCUCCUCUGGUACCGAUCGACGCCUCCAUGUGUGGGAUUUGUCGAAAAUUGGCGAGGAGCAGAGCUCUGAAGAUGCCGAAGAUGGGCCACCGGAGCUGCUAUUCAUCCACGGCGGCCACACGGCCAAAAUCAGCGAUUUCUCUUGGAAUCCGAAUGAGCCAUGGAUCAUCUGCUCCGUGUCAGAGGAUAAUAUCAUGCAAGUGUGGCAAAUGGCCGAGAAUGUGUACAAUGAUGAGGAGCCCGAGAUACCCGCCUCCGAUCUGGAAACCAAUACGGCUUAAGGCCCGCUUUCGACUUCUGUUUUUGGCAUGUUUCCAAACCUCCCAUAAGAAAUAUAUGUGAAAGAAAUUGUUUUCUUGGCUCUAAGCACGAAACCAGCUUACCCGGCGACGUGUACUCAUUUUAAUUUAUAUAUUACAUACUUUUACAAUUAAUUAAGUUCACAUUUUGUCUACAAAACAAAUCUUGCAUUAAAACAAUCUGAAGACCAACAAAU